UUUUGGUUGGACAGUCUUGUUGCGGGGAGGGCGGGGGAAGAUUGUUUGCUCCGUAGACGCUCCCCGCACAACAAGGUAAACUGAGCUCCCCAGAGGCUCAUCUCUUAGCCUCUGCUCGGACUUAGCCGUCUCUCCAUCUGCCACCGCAGCCUGGAGGCGCUUGCCUCCACCCUCCCGAAUGGUGCUCCUCUUCGUAGGCCUCGGCCCAGGAUCCAGGCCCCCUUUGCUCCUUGAUUUGGGGCUGUUGCUGCUGGGGUCUCUCGGUGGACUCCCUGUGGUGGGGUGUGAAGAACUUUCGCACAGACCAGGCUUUAGUUAUAGGGACCUCGCCAACACUUUGAAUCUCGGCCUCUAACCGAGCGUGAGGCUCGUCCUGUGCCCUCUUUCCCCCCUGUCCUGAGAAGAGAAGCCCUUCUCUUUGACAUCCAAAGCCCAGGAAGCCUCAAGCUGGGGCCCUGGUCCCAGCAUGUCAGCCCUCUCUUGUGCAUAGGGCUCUGCCCUCUUCCAGCCAGCAUGGCUGAUUUCAAAAAGGCUCCAGGAGGCCGAGAGACUCCCCAGGGGGAACUGCGGCCAGAGGUGGUAGAGGAUGAAGUCCCUAGGAGCCCAGUCGCAGAGGAGCCUGGAGGUGGUGGAAGCAACAGCAGUGAGACCAAGUUGUCCCCUAGAGAGGAGGAAGAACUGGAUCCUAGGAUACAGGAGGAGCUGGAACAUCUGAACCAGGCUAGUGAGGAGAUCAACCAGGUGGAACUACAGCUAGAUGAGGCCAGGACCACUUAUCGGAGGAUCCUGCAGGAGUCUGCAAGAAAGCUUAACACUCAGGGCUCUCACUUGGGGAGUUGUAUUGAGAAGGCCCGGCCCUACUAUGAGGCUCGACGACUGGCUAAGGAGGCCCAGCAGGAGACACAGAAGGCAGCAUUGCGCUACGAGCGGGCUGUGAGCAUGCACAGUGCCGCCCGGGAGAUGGUCUUCGUGGCUGAGCAGGGUGUCAUGGCUGACAAAAAUCGACUGGACCCUACCUGGCAAGAGAUGCUCAACCAUGCUACCUGUAAGGUGAAUGAGGCAGAGGAAGAGCGGCUUCGAGGUGAACGGGAGCAUCAGCGUGUGACUCGGCUGUGCCAGCAGGCUGAGGCUCGGGUCCAGGCCCUGCAGAAGACCCUCCGGCGAGCCAUUGGCAAGAGCCGCCCCUACUUCGAGCUCAAGGCCCAGUUCAGCCAAAUCCUGGAGGAGCACAAGGCCAAGGUGACAGAACUGGAGCAGCAGGUGGCACAGGCCAAGACCCGCUACUCAGUGGCGCUGCGUAACUUGGAGCAGAUCAGCGAGCAGAUUCAUGCUCGGCGCCGGGGCUUGCCUCCUCAUUCCUUGGGUCCACGACGAUCCUCCCCUGUGGGAGCUGAAGCUGGUCCUGAGGGCAUUGAAGAUGGGGACAGUGGGAUUGAAGGGGCAGAGGGCGGGGGCCUGGAAGAGGGCAGCAGCCUUGGGCCUGGUCCAGGCCCAGAUACGGACACAUUAAGCCUGUUGAGCCUGCGCACCGUGGCCUCUGACUUGCAGAAGUGUGACUCAGUGGAGCACCUGCGUGGCCUCUCAGACCACGCCAGUCUAGAUGGCCAGGAGCUGGGACCCCAGAGCCGGGGACGCCGGGGAAGUGACGGUGGAGUCCGAGGGGGCCGGCACCAGCGCAGUGUCAGCCUGUAGCUUUGUGCGGUGUGCUGGCUUGACUUCAGUAUGGGCAAUCAGGGCCCCGCAGGCCUUUUUCUCCUCGAGUUCUGUCUGCCCCAGGUCUGGUCUGCAGCCUUCCCUGGGCAAGGUCAGCUGUGUCUCAGUCCUCUGUCCCUAGCUUUCUCAGUGUUCCUUCUCAGGAGGCAGCUCUCUCUUUGCCUUACCCACCCAGAAGGCUUGCGCUCUGGCCCUGUCUCCUCUUCCCCUCCUGGCACUUGAGUCUCUCUGAUGCUCUCUCUGAUGUCCUCUUCUGACCUGACUUCUAUCUGUCUGACUUUUCCCCUCAGGGAACUUGGUCAAGAAAGGAUGCAGGAAGGUCAUGUGAGAACACAUGCCCUAGCCCAAGUGGUUGGACAGGCCCUUACCUGUUGCUUCCUGGCAUCAUCUUCCCAGAAGGCAGCUCCCCAGGGUGCCCUAGAUAUGCUGCUGAGUCCCGGCAGCCUGUGCUCUUGUCGUCCUGUCCUAGCCUGCCUGUGAGCAAUGUGUAAACUGUCCGUGUGCCUCUGGAAGACACUACCUUCUGUCACUGCACCCCUUGUGACCUUCGCUGCUGUGCUGUGUGUCCACAAUUCAGUGUCAGGUGGAGGAGCUCAACUUUGUUACCAACGUGGCGAUUAGGACCAACUCAAAUGGCCCCUGUCUGUGUGGUUUGUCUCCAGCUGGGCUGGGCCCUUCUCAUUGCCAAGGUGCUAGUAGGUCCCUGAUGGGGUCUAUGCUAGAGGGUAGAGAUGUGAGAUUCUCAAGGCUAAGACCUUGCCAUCCCCACCCGCCUCCUCGUGUGUGGCUCUGGGCUUGCUUUUUCGGGUAGAGGUUGAACUGGAGCUUGGCGCCCUCCUACAGGGUGGCAUUAGGGAAUUUGGUGCUCAGUUGUUCUCUAGUGCUCUUCCUCACGCCAGAUAGUACCCACUCCAGGAACCUUUGGGGAGGCUUUAAGCACAGAUGCAAAGCCUCCCGUGUGUGGGAGGAGUUGACCUGAAGUGAGGGGUCCCAGCCUCAAAGAGCAGCUCUGGGUGCUGGUGCUCCUGGGUCGUGUGAAGGGAAACCACACCAGAUCUGGGUGCCUUGGAAGAGCUGACCUCCUGCUCCAUCAGGAGGAUGGGGGGGGGCUUGCCCAGGGCUGGGGGAAGAGCACCCAUGUUUCGCAUGGCAGCUCCCAAUUUUCAGGUUUGAGGAUGGUCACGAUGAGAACCGUGGGGUUUGAGGUGGCUGUUCAGGAAGAAGAGAAAUGAGGACACGCGUGUGCGUGUGCAUGUGCUGGUGUGUGUGGGAAAGGGUCAGUCCUGGUUAUUUAAUAAAAUAGUUUAUGUAACAGCCGUGAGUACUGUCUUGUCACACACAGGCUAUGUGGACAAGGCUGGGGAACCAGUGCCCAGAAGACUGUGUGUAACGAGUGCCGGGGUGGGCUUGCUGCAGAGGGCCUGCAGGGUUGGAGUAACCAUUGUUGGGACUAAGACUCCAGAGUGCUGGCACAGCACAUAGUGUCCUGGGUGUGUCCACACAUAAGCGUUAAGGAAGGGGAGGGAUCAAAUUAGGGACGUGGCCUUGAAUCUGCAAUAUCAUGACAUAUUCACAUAGGUAGUAACUCCUGACUUGGAGCAUGUUUGACGUGUUCACACAGGUAGUGACUCCUGACUUGGAGCAUGUCUGGUUAUAGGUAGGAGAGGUCUGAGUGUAUUUAGACAAGGAUGGAAAAGACCUGUGAGAAAUCCAGUAAAUCGGGUCCACAAAGAGCCUUGGAGGUGAAGAUUGGACUGGAGCUGAGUCUUGCCACUUCCCAGUGCCUUCUAAACAGAUGUGACCCACAUCUGUAAUCCUAUCAUUCAGGAGAAGGAAGGAUGAUCAGAAGUUUGAAGUCACCUUCAGCUACAUAGAGUGUGAGACCAGCCUGUGCUAUAUGAGACCCUGUCUCAAAACAAAGCUGUGAUCAAAAGACUCUGGUCUCUAUUACAGCUGGGGCAUGCUGCUAGCCUUUAGAGCUCAAUUGAGGUAGUGGAUCAGCCCAGAAGGGGCUUUAGGUGGCAGGGUGGAGGCCAAAGGUCAGAGGUACAAGCAGAGUAGUGAUCUGUAAGCACUGGCUCCCCAGGGCCAUUGGGAGCCAGUCCAACAGCACUCACUUUUGACAGGCACUGUCCAGGUCUUCCUUUGAGGCCGCCUUCCCCCAUCUAUCAGGAGUUCCGUGAGUUUGUGGCUUACAUCUUUGGGUGGAUAGACUUAAAAAUUAGUUGUCUGCAGUCAAGAUGUGGAAUGAGGCAUCCUGGAUAUAGUGAGGUAGUUACUAUAGUUGAGCUUAGUGGAGUAUUUUAUGUUAAAAAAAAAAAAAACACCUAAAAUGUCUCUUGGCAAACUUAGUAUAAUAUAGUUCUCAGUAAUGAGCUUUUGAGGUGGUGCUGGCCAAUCCCUGGGAGCAGGCAGAGUCCUUAAAGCUCCUGGUGCAGUGGAGCCUCAGGGCAUGCUUGGGCUAUUUUCAUGUGCUUUGUCCUAGGCCUAGUCACCUGCCAGAUAAGGUGAGUGAACAGAAACUAGGAAGGUCAGAAAAUGUCAUGAAAUGACCAGCCUCUCCGGAGGCGCUCCCCAACAGCAACCUCCGUAAAGGUGCAGUCCCACCUUGCUAACAAGGGCGCUUUCUAUGUAACCGGUAUCUCUGACCACACACACACACAUUUGUGAUGUCUCAUUCUCUUAUCCACAUUGUCAUUCCACAUGUCACCUGGCAUGAGUUCUAGAUGGUGUCAUUUCUGUUGAAGGGCUGGAGCUUCAGGCUCCCUUAUGCUCAGCACACACCUUGUACCCGGUAAUCUGUAAAGGUGUUUUUGCUGUUUGUCCCCCUUACAACCCAAACCUACAGCAGUCGACUUGGUUAGGAGAUCAGUAUUGAGUGGUACAAAGCCCCAGAGUCAAGUCUUCAGUCUGUUGGGGAGAGCUCACAAUUUUAUCACAGUGCAGCUGUGUGUAGCCUGGAUGCUACAGUGACUCUUGUUGAUUCUCUGCAGCUUCAGAUGUUAAAGCCAAGCCCCUGGCCUUGUGCACGACUAGGAAAUAUUUACAGAGAUUGCAUUUUCUUUUCUUGUGUGUAUUCAACAGCUUAACGACUGUGACUUGGAGCAGGAGGGUGCUUCUCUGGCUGUCACUCAUGCUCUAUCUGCAGUAAGCAGAAGCCACCUGAAAUUCCCUUGCAUCCCGAAUGUGACUCUGCCCUGAUGGUCUGUGCGCACAUGGACGAGUCACUCCGCUCCCAGUCCCUGUCCCUGUGUGCUUGGAGGGGGCUGGAUUAGGUAGCGAACCUCAGGUAGUCGAAGGCACUGAAGUGGCAGUGAAGACUGUCCUGUGGGGUGUUUGCUGCGUAAUGUAAGAUAAUGUGGUCAUACGAGUAUGGGUGGAGGCGGGGCAAACUGGGAAGAUGGAGAAAGUCCAGUAGUGGUGGAGUAGUAGCCGUUGCUGCUGAAGAUUCUGCUUUCUGUGUGAGGCGAUGCCUGCUGGCGUUGAAUUUCUCCUUCUCUGGGGUAAACAGGUGUGCUCAUCACACAGUAUGAAAACAAACAAGCAAACAGUUGAUAUAUUGAAGUAUAACGUGGAGGAAGGGGUCGUCAAGAAGAGUUUCUUUUCUAAGUAGAAAAGAACACUCAAGACCCAGGAUGCAGUGAAGGAGUAGGGCCCUGGAGUUGAGAGAAGGGAGACUCACCUGCUGCCUCAUUGUGAAUGCUCUGUUUAGGUCACAUUUCAUCCGUAAAGCAUGAAAAAUAUUCAAAUUGCAUAUUGCUCCUAAAAAGAUUAACUUCUGGCUACUUAGAUUAAAAAUAUAGCUGUGAGAAAAAUAGUUGUUCAGGCAUUUGAACAUUCUUUUUUAUAGUCCUGGGAACUGAACCUACUGAAUUCAGGAUCUGCUACUGAGCUACACUCCAUUCCACUCCACUCCACUGAUGUCCACCCCAUGCCCCAUCAUUGAGCUAAACCCUCAUUCUGCCUAAGCUUUUAUGUUAGUAAAAUACUAGGGAUUCAGAUUACAAAAGUAACAACUGCUUAUAAAAACUCCAAACAGGACAAAAUGAAAUAGAGUGAAGAACCUGAGUCUCCUCUCAUCCCAUCUCUCAUCCUCACGAGAAACCACAUCUUUUCAUGGUUUAUUAGGGUUCCGUCUUUCCAAAUCUUUUCUUCUGUACAGACGCAACACUCACCUGGACUUCGCUCCUAUCACACUGUGUUGUAACCUGCAGGUGCACUUCUUGUGUCUUGCGACAUCUUUGCAUGUUGGCGGGACAGUAGUCUAUCCUUAGACAUCCCUCUAAGGCUAAGUGUGGGAUCUCAGCACUGAAGCUGAAGCAGGAGGAUCAGAGUUCAAGAUCAGCUAGGGCUACAUAGUGAGCCAGAGGUCUAUCUGAGCUGCAGGAGAACUUGUCUUAAAAAACUAAAGCCAGGGGCUGGAGAGAUGGCUCUAGCACUGUGAGUGUGUGUGUUGGGGACCGAGGAAGCAGCAUACACACUACAGCCUGUGCGGACACCAGAGGGCAAUCUGUGGGAGUGGGUUGUCUCCUACCACGUGGAUCCAGUAUAUUGAACACAGGUCUCCAGGUUUGGCGGCAAGUGUCUAACAGCUGAGCCAUCUCUCUGGCCCUCCUGGUAGGAUGCUAAUAUACCCAUAUGCAUCUACAGUCUCAGUCAUCCUGAUAAAUUUAUAGGUGGGACCCCUUUGCUCCCAGAAAAGUCAUUUAUCAGCCCAUGUCAUGUGGAGCUGGAUAGAUGGUUAUAUUGCUUAUCCGCCUCUGCCCCUCCCGGCCAGGUGCACAGUGCAUCCUAAAAUGGACUCAAAAGCUACUUACCCUCCCAGGGCAAGGCACAACUGAAAAGUUUUACACUGUGUGGAGUGACUUAGAGCAGGACACAGCCUGAGGUGAACACAGAAUAGUUUUGUGAGAUUGACCGGGAGUGGUGAGACCUGCCUCACCCGAGGUCGUAUAUAUUCUGGCCUUAAGACUAGUUAGCUGUUCUUCAGCAUUCUUACUUGCAAGCACUUUCAUAUAAGAGAAAUAUUAGCUCUAUGCCUUUAAGUCCACAGUGAAUGCUAAUUGUGCUGCUGUCUUAGGAGGCUUCGCCCAGGUUCUAGAGCGAAGGGUUCUUUCUUUUACUUCCCCAUCUCUUUAUAAAUGUCCCCGUGUUUCUCUCCCGUCUUCGGGUUACUAUUGUUGCAAUGAAACACCAUGGCCAAAGACACUGGGGAAGAAAGGCUUCGUUCAGCCCACGCUUCCACACCACAGCACAGCAACUCAAACGGGAGGGGCCUCGAGGCUCCAGCUCAGGUAGAAGCCAUGGAGCAGUGAUGCUUACUGACUUGUAACUCAUGACUUGCUUGGUCUGCAUUCUUAGAGAACCAGGGAUCAGCAGCCCAGGGAUGGCCCCAUCCACAAUGGGCUGGGCCAUCCCCGCUCAACCACUAAUUAAGAAAAGGCCCUACAGCUCCAUCAUAUGGAGGCAUUUUCUUAAUUGAGCUUCCCUCCUCUCAGGGGAUUAUAAUGUGUGUCAAAUCGACAUAAAACUAUCCUAAAAGUUAGCUUAUCUAAAUUUUAUUUUUAUGUGUAUGUUUCUGUGUGUGCCUGAGGAGGGCCAGAAGAGGGCACCAGAUUCCCUGGAAUUGAAGUUCCAGGUAAUUGUGAGCUGUCCAGUGUGGGUGCUGGGAACCGAACUCACAUCCCCUGGAAGAGCAGCACACACUCAACUGCGAAACCACCUCUUUAGCCCCACAUUUGUCUUUUUAAUUGACAUAGGAGUUCGGGUGGCAGAGCCAAGCUUGUUGAGGCUGUCAGGCUCAGGCUUGACUGAACUCUACAAACAUAGAACUCUGAAACAAUCUAAGAAAAUACAAAGUAUGCACAGCACCAGAGAGGAAAUGAGCCCCAAGAUAUGUGUGAUUGGCUGGGAGAAGUGGGAGAAGGUUCCUUAGGGAAAUGCCCAGUGUCUUGUAGCAUAAAUGUUGGCAGAGGCACCAGUAUUGUACACAGCCACACUGGCUUUAUUACCCUCGCUUAUCUUGACUUGCCUUAGGUUCCUAGGUGUGGGGCUGUUCCUGGGGCUCACUGAAUUCUUCAGCUGCUGACAGAUAAGAGCUUUAUGGACCUGGUGUCAGGGAAAUCACCAAUAAAUGGAGUUUUAGACAGGCCUCACCCUCGUUGGCUCCAGUGGAAGUUGUUAUCUAACACUGUAACAGGAAGCCAGACCCCGUAAGGGAAAUAGAGUACACAGUAUAGAGAAGGCAUGGGGGAGAGGAGUCACAUUCCUGGAACAUCUUUAACAUUUUUGCUGGAGGUGCAGGAGAGAUGAGUUAAGAAUGCUGCUGGCGGAGCUGAAGAGAAAGCUCAGCGGUUAAGAGCACUGCCUGCUCUUCCAGAGGUCCUGAGUUCAUUUCCCAGCAACCACAUGGUGGCUCACAGUCAACUGUAGUAAGAUCUGGUGCCCUCUUCUGGCCUGCAGGCACACAUGCAGACAAAACACUGUAUACAUAAGGAAUAAAUAAAUAUUUUUUAAAAAAAUGCUGCUUGCUGCUCUUCCUGAGACCCGAGUUCAAUUCCCAGCACCUACAUGGCAGCUCACAGCUGUCUGUAACUCCAGUCCCAGGGGAUCUGACACUUUCACACCAAUGCACAUAAAAUAAAGUUAAAUCAUUAAAAAAGAAAUACGAGGUCUUGUUUAAAUUCCCUGGAAAGAACUCUAUUAAGAAGAGGACUGGGCUGGAGAGAUGGCUCAGCAGUUAAGAGCAUUGCCUGCUCUUCCAAAGGUCCUGAGUUCAAUUCCCAACAACCACAUGGUGGCUCACAACCAUCUGUAAUGAGGUCUGGUGUCCUCUUCUGGCCUGUAGGCACAUACACUGACAGAAUAUUGUAUACAUAAUAAAUAAAUAAGUAAAUAUUCUUAAAAAAAAAAAAAGAAGAGGACUAGGAGAAUGCGCCUGAGAAUUUGCCUGUAAAUUCCACAAAUCACAUGCCUGGAACUCAGCAGGUUCGGAACAUGCCAUUUGCUAGUCAGAAUGCAGUUGCUCAGCAUGGAGCUUUUAUGUGUCAUAGGAUUUUUCUCUUAUUAUUUUAUGUGUCUUUUGUCUGCGUAUGUGAGCAGUGCUCUUGAGACCAGGCCAGAAGAAGGUGUUGGAGCCCCCGGAACUGGAGUUACAGACAGUUGUUCCCAUGCAGGUGAUGGGAGCUGAACCUAGGUCCUCUGCAAAGAAAGGCAGCCAGUGCUCUUAACUGAUGAGCUACCUCUCCUUCACCUCUCCUGAAGACUUUCAGGCUGUGAGACGUCCCUGCGGCAUGGGAUGUGCCUUUUCAGGUUUGAACAUCAAACACCCAUGGUGCAGUGAACACAGGGAAAGGCCUAUUUACCUCCCAAAUCUUAAACAUGGUUCAGAACCUGCAGCACAGAGAAGGAAUUGAAAUUUCCCUGAGAAUCUCAUGAGGGAAGGAAAAGGCUGAAGCCUGGUGCUAGCCAGAGGGGGAGCUUGUCUUCUGCACGGUUCCACACACUUCUGAGGACUUGUCAGACCACCUUGCAGGAGACUGGAGCUGAGAUGAGCAGGACCACACCGUGAUCAGGACUUGGUAGCAAAGCAGACCUCAUGUUAGGACAGCAAAGAUGGACUGGGCAGGGGGAUGGGGUCGCUGAGUUUUCCUUGAAUAAAUACCUGUUCAUCUUCACAAUGUACAAGUUUCGAGAUGGCUUUUUGGCUGUUGCUGACUCAGCUGACCUCCCCUGGGAAGUGUGUGCGCAGACUCCUGAUACGGCCACCACACACACAUGGAGCCCACCUUUGCAAACGGGCUUUAUGACCAUGGAGCACUUGUGCUGGGUACUUCAAAUUCCUUUCAUCCUGUGAGUGUUUUUUGAGGACGUUUGAACCACAAGAUAAUUUUGGAAAAGCCUUCUGUGACAGUCCACUCAUGCUCUGCAUAAGCCACGUGGACACAUUUGAGGUAAGAAAAAAAGACUUGAAUUGGGUUGGAAUUGUGCACCCAAAGCCAGGCUGAACUUUGGACAUACCAGCGGCUUUCUGCUUCUGGAUCUAAGUGACAGUCUACAAAAAUCAGAUAGGAAUACUGGCUCUCUACUGCCCAUGCCACCAACAUCACGUGUUGGAAAUUCACAUGUAGUUCCUAAAAUAGCACCAGUCCAGAGGAAGUUAUCCCAGUGCUUCAGAAGGCACGGGAAGCCUGGGGAGCAGGCACAGGAGAUUCCCUUCGUGCUUUCUGCCCUCACUGGUUCUUCUGCUUAUUUUUCCUUCAGACCUACUACUC